AGUUAGUGAUUUGUUCUAGCCGGACAGUCCUGAGUCCGCAAUUUUACAUCGUUUUAAACAAAAAAAAAUUGAGCUAGCAAGGAAAAAAGCAAGAGCAUUUAAACAAAAAGCAAAUUUAAAUUAUAUACGUGAUAACCAACUCUCACAGACACGUAAACAGAUUUAAAAAAAAAUGCGAAGUUAUUUACAAAUUUUGGCCGCGUCAUGUGUCAUCGUCACGCUUUUGGCUGCGCAGUCGGCAACGGCGUCGACAGCGGCCGCAAAAGCUUCAAAGCCAGAUGGAAAACUUAUUGAAUUGGAUGAGGAUAACUGGCAACUAAUGCUAAAUGGCGAAUGGAUGAUUGAAUUCUUUGCGCCCUGGUGUCCCGCCUGCAAGAAUCUGGCGCCAGUCUGGGAACGUUAUGCAAACACAGCUAAGGAUGUCAAUGUAAAUGUGGCCAAAAUCGAUGUAACCACUUCGCCUUCACUCAGUGGACGUUUCUUUGUUACCGCUUUGCCUACCAUUUAUCACGUCAAGGAUGGCGAAUUCCGUCAAUAUCGCGGAGCCCGCGAUGCCGAGGCUCUCUUGUAUUUCCUCAAGAAGAAGUCGUGGCAAGCCAUUGAGCCAUUGUCCUCGUGGAAGAAGCCCGACACCAUUCAUAUGUCCCUGUUGUCCUAUUUCUUUAAACUGUCGCACACUCUAAAGGAUUUCAACGCUCGACUUCAAGAGGAAUAUGGACUGCCCACCUGGGGAUCGUAUGCUCUUUUUGCCAUCGCCACAAUCUUUGUAGGAGCUGCCUUGGGUUUAAUGCUUGUCUGCAUUGUGGACUUUGUGUACCCACCAAAGAAAUCGCCUCGUCAAAGCUUCUCCGAAUCUCAGGAUAAUCUGGCCAAGGGGGUUGAAGACUUGGCCACUGAGGAAAUCGAAGACGAUGAGGACGACAAUGCGGCCGAGGAAGAAGAUGGCAACAGUGACGAUGACGCCGAGGAGGAUCAGGAGGAGGAAGAUGAAGAGGAGCAAGAAACCAAGGAGGAAACUGGCGAUAAAGUUCAGACCGAAAAGAAGUCUGAGAAGAUCAACAGUAGAGCCGGUGAUGACGCGCCCGAAGUUGCCGAUAAACCAAGCACAGAGCAAGUUCGCAAGCGUAAACCACGCAAAGCGGAUUAAAGAGAUUGCGUCUUUCCUCAAACGACGAGAAGUUGCAACACAAAAGACUAACAUAAUAUUAUACAUUUAAAAAACUUAAACCUUUAUCAACAAAACAGCAACUGCGGUUUGUUGGAUGUAUUACGAACAGCGGAACAGACGACGCUGUGCUCGUCUUUAAUUGUUUAUUAUUCGAACGCACAACGCACAAACAAAUAUAUAAUACUAAAUGAA